AUGGAUAACUCCUACAUGUGUGGCGGGUCGCUGAUCUCCGCCUCUGUCGUCCUAACAGCGGGGCACUGCGCCUCCGGGUUCAGCACGUGGGAGGUGAGGCUUGGACUCACCAGUCUCAGCAUUAUUGAGCCUACCCGCGUGACCAUCGUCACCAGGUCGGCGUCGGUGCACUCCGAAUACGACAUUGCCGUCGUCUUCCUGGGUACCAACGUCCCGCUAAACAAUUACAUCGGACUGGUGAACCUGCCUUCUCGCUCACAGGCGGGCAACAGCUUCGAAGGCCAGACCGCUACGGUCAGCGGCUGGGGCCUCAAUACCGACAACGGUGUCAUCCCAGACACGCUGCAGUACACGACACUGAACGUCAUGUCCAACACGCAGUGCAGCCAAUACUACGGCGGUCCCAUCUACGACUUCACACUCUGCGCCGUCGGUUCCAGCGGACAGAGCACCUGCAACGGCGACAGCGGCGGCGCGCUGGUGGUCGGCUCACAGGGAAGCUACACGCAGAUCGGGAUCGUCAGCUGGGGUUCGGGCAAUGGCUGUGCGAGCGGAGACCCGGCCGGAUUCACCAGAGUCACCUACUUCCUCGACUGGAUCUCAACUGGACACCCGGAGCCUGAGGACGCUGGUGGCCGCAUCGUGGGCGGCAGUGCGGCCUAUCAGGGCCAGUUCCCGCACCAGGCCGCCGUCUCCAUGGACAGCUCCUACCUGUGCGGCGGCUCGCUCAUCUCCACCUCUGCUGUCCUCACCGCGGCGCACUGCGCCUCUGGGUUCAGCACGUGGGCGGUGAGCCUGGGAGGCAUCCGCCGCAGCGGCAGCGAGUCUGGCCGCGUGACCAUCAACACCAGGUCGACGACGGUGCACUCCGGCUACAACGCCAAUACGCUCAACAACGACAUCGCCGUCAUCUUCCUGGGCACCAACGUGCAGCUCAGCAGUAAGUCCACACGUGUGGCCAUAAUUUAG